UGUCAUUUUGCCACCACAAAAUUCAACAGUGCUUUUUCUACAGUAAAACAAUGGUAUUUCGUUCAUGUCUUUUAUUUUUAUCAUUGAUACUGAUGACAGAAGGAAAGAGAAUAUUGCCACUUUCGACCUUAAAUUGGAUUCAAUCUGAACGAAAAUCUGCAAAGGCAAAGACUAUUCAGACACGACUCAUCCCAUUUCUUGAUUCACACGACCAGGAAAACUGCGACCCCAUUAAUAUUUACAACCUUUCUAGUCAUAAAGGCUCCUUACAAGUCGUUCAGCGACAUUUUUCGUCUACGUCUGCAUCUGCUACCUCUACUGGUACCCUUUCUUCCAAUACCCGCUACCUCAAACAAUCUCUUCUCACAAAUAGCAUGGCCAAAGAUAAAGGCGACAGCAGCGGAGGGGAUAGUUUGAGUAACCGAGAUGCCACUACGAAAGUCGCCUCGAAGAGGAUGACUCGAGGUAGUAGUAAAGCGAGCAAUAAUGAGACCAAUAACAACCCAGAACCUUUAGCUGCCAUCCAGCAGAAGGUGUCCAAAUUCCAGCCAAAAAUCGACUCUCUCCUACCACGGAUGCUUAAUAAAAACACUCCUCCAGCAACGUCUGUAUCCGUUUCCAAGGCCAGAACCAACGAAAAGACAUUACCAGAGACUUCCAAACCAGCAACCGGGUCAUCUAAGGCUGCUGCUGUAGCGGCGGCAAGAGCGACCAAAGACCCACAAACGAGUUCAAAGCUCAAAAGUCCUGCUGAAGUUACAAAUAAGUCCACGAAUAACAUUAUUGGCAAAAGUACAAAUCCAGCCACUCCCACACAAAAAAAUAAGACCAAAAAAGCGUCCAACUCUCCAAUUACCAGUAUCGCUUCUCUUAUCCCAAAGGGUAGUCGUGCUAAACCUCUGCCGCCACAAAAGGCGCCUGAUCAACGUGAUUCUACCGGCUCCGCGUCUGUUGCCACAUCCGAGAAAUUCACCUCACCAGCGAGGUCAACUAGAUCAAGGAUUAAAGAUCAGCCUGAGCAAGUCAUCAUACUGUCUUCAUCGAUACCAUCCUCGCCCUCGCACAUAGGGAAUGUCUUCUCCUGGGAGGAGACAGAAAAUAAUGAUGUUAGUGCCACGUCACCAGAAGAAGUGGAUAUAGGAUUAGUGCAACCGAAGGAAGACGUAUCAAGAGCCCCUAGUCACGAUGAAGAUCAUAAUACAGGCUUAAUUACUUCUCAGAAAGCCCGCAGUAGCCACAGGGCGACGGCAACACCAGCAAAAAUACCCUCGAUUAUUUCUAUCAACAGCGCGCAGUCUGAUACCUUUGCUAGUGUCACCCCUUCAGUACACGUAGACAGGAUCACAGACUGGAUGGGCGAGGUCAAAGAAGCUUUGAGGCAUGAUACUGACGAUGCUACAAAGCCUCUUCAACAAACUGCUUUGACUCCUCGUAUAACCGAACCCCGUACAGUUUCGACAAAAAAACAAGAGGAACCGGCAGUUAUGGAACCAAAGCCACGAGAAAUACGUAAGCCAGUCUUUAGCCGGCCUCCCCCAGCAAUCCCUAGACAUCAAGGAGCUACAACUAAUUCAAAACCACCACAAUUGCCCGAUCCUGCAAGUGCCCCCCAAGACACUGUAAUUUCCUCGUUGGGAGAGGAGGACUCCUUCUUGGAUGUAGACGCUGUUCCGGAGAGGAGUACCAACAAAGAGAAGCGCGUCCUGGUUGAAGGCUCAUUUCCUUCUGUACCGCCAGUGCCACUGUUUCAUGAAGCCUCUAAUAUGGGCGAUUCCAAGACUGAACUGGCACUAGCUUCAGCAACAUCAUCAAAAGUAACUACUAACCUAGAUCCUUAUAACGAUGACGAUAUAUCAACCGUCGUAGGACAACAGCCAACGCAGGGCUCGAUCAUGGAAGCUUCCUCCUUACCUUCUUUCGUUUAUGCUAAAGAUAAAAACGAAGAAAUUGACGAAGAGGAAAUCGAAAAAGAGGAAGAAUAUUAUGCUAAUGUUCGAGAGCCAAGUUUGGAGCCAUCAUUGCCAUCUGCUCUAACGUCAUCAUGUCUGCAAGAAUUAGGGCUUCGGAAACGCAGGCACAGUGAGGAAGGUCCUGGAAACCAAGGAAAACGUCAAGUUGGAAGAGAACGAAGCCCGGCACAUGAAGACGAGAAUAGUUCAAGCCACGAAGAGGAUAUUAUUUUAGCUCAAGAAGAUGCCUUCCCUCAGAGUAUUGCCUCGGUGCCGGUGUCGUUCGCGUCAACGGCUUCGCCCAUAGAGCCCUCUUCAUACAGUGUGCUUGAAGCGCCGGAAUAUGCUUAUGCACUGCCUGAAAGGACAAGGCAAUCAAGGCAAGGUCAAGAUCAGAGUCAAUUGGGACAAGGUAAUUGGGCCACACAACAAAGUAGAAGUCAGGAUACUCAUGACUCCUUGCGAGAGAUAAGAGCGCAUUCAUUCCCAUCCCCACCAUCACAAGUUUCGUUCACAUCACUCCCCACCAUGCCAACGAUGCCAAGCAUGGAAACUUUCCAAAGCCAGCCCGAAGAAGGGUCACUGAGCCAACCACGCUCAAGUGGAGAUGAGAACCAAAUACAAUCUAUACAGAGUUAUGACAACAGCUGGUCAAAGGUUCAAUCUGGUCAGAAACGCUCAACACCUUCGGAAGAUCAGUCAAUCACGACUUUGCCUUCACCACUCCCGACUCUCCCUACGAUGCCAUCUUUUCCGUUAGACGAGCUGUCUGAAAACGAAGCAGAGGCUUCGCCUUCAUUGAUUGUAAUCGAUAGUCAGAGUCAGCAGAGACAGACGCUAGAAGACGAUGUAUCUUAG